AUCGACAACCGGAUGUUAUAAUAUCACUAAAUCGUACGCGUUUGUGCGAUUGUAAAACUUUCAAUGUUUAUUUUUUCAUGUUUAGUUCCACGAAGAGAUGUUUCUUUUUGAUUGGAUGAAAACUAUAUUGUCGUAUUUUGGAUUUAAGGAAAAGAAACAGUUGCUGAUUUUGGGGCUUGAUAAUUCUGGCAAAAGCUCUCUGUUACACUUAUUGUCAAAUGAUGUAAUGGCAAGCAAUUCACAAACUUAUAAUGGGGCUUCCCAAGUAUUUGAUGUUGGUACUACGCGUUUUGAAACGGUUGACCUUGUAGGACCUCCGGGAGUUCGUAAAGUAUGGAAGAACACUUAUCCUUCGUGUGAUGCUAUUAUUUUCUUGGUGGACUGUACUGAUAAUGACCGGUUCAAGGAAGCGAACGAAGAACUUGAUACGUUACUACAGAACAAAAGUGUCAUAGACGUUCCAGUGGCCGUUUUGUAUAACAAAAUAGACAAAACGGGAGCUGCCAGUGAAAAUGAUCUCUCUGAGAGACUUCAAUUAAUGAGGCAUAAAACUGGCAAGAUACUUUCAUCAAAGCCAGAUCUGAUAUGUAGACCUUUAGAAACAUUUCCAUGUAGUGAUGUGAAACGAGUUGGUUAUGGCGAAGCAUUGAGAUGGCUUGCAUACUACGUCAAAUAA